GGAUGAUCUAAAACUAUAAGGGAGAGUGUUGGAGAGAUGCAGAAAAUUGCCAGAAAAACAAAGCUAACAUAAGCUCUGAAAACACUAUGAAACAUCAUAUCCAAUCAGCAUUCAAUAGAAGUUUUACCAGAAACAUCUAGAAAGUAGAAAGUUACCUACAGUGUUUCUAAUGAUUACCUAUACUACUACUACUACUACUACCACUACUACUACUACUACUACUACUACUACUACUACUACUACUACUACUACUACUACUACUACUACUACUACUACUACUACUACUACUACUACUACUACUACUACUACUACUUUGUUUGAUAUAUUGAACAUGAGGAGGGAUUACAUCAUUUUAUAUAUUUAUAUGGUUCUAUUUAUGUUAUUCAAUGAGAUUAAUGCUAGCGGAAGAACACCAAAGUUUGUAAACGUAGAUGAAGACGGUAAUCCAAGAGGUGAAACAACAGAUAUUAAUAAGAUAUUUGAUGAAAAAAAAACAUUAGGUUCAGUAUUCGUUACAUUGUUUUACCAAUUAUGGUUUUUAUUAAAACAAGGAUUGGGUUUACCAUGA